GAGAGGGCUUGUGUCGUCUGUUCACGACGAGGUCGACGACGACGACGACGAGAGCAGCGAUCUUGGAGGUCAACAUGUAGUCUUUGCGCGGCCGAAUAACAGCAACAACAACAACGCUGAUAUCAAGGAUCUCGUCAUCCCGAUGCGGGUCAUGGACAUGGGCAUGGGGAUGAGGCUUCCCUACGUCCCGCACCCGGCGAAUGACCUCCAGCUCUCCCUGCGCCAGCCGCCAGUACCCCCUCAGAGGGCGAGCCAUUACAAGACGUCCUUUGAGGAGAUUAGUUUCCUUGGCAAGGGCGGGUUCGGGAGCGUGUUCAAGUGCUGGAACCGCUUCGACGACAGGAUGUACGCCGUCAAGAAGAUCCCGCUGUCGCCGCGGCUGAGCAAGAGUUUCUGCGAGGGCGGGCAUGACCGCCUGGGCAAGUUGCUGCGAGAGGUCCGCGCGCUCGCGACGUUUGAUCACUCAAACAUUGUCAGGUAUCAUGCUACGUGGAUCGAGGAGCCGAGUCACUCUGCCACGGAGAAUGCUGGACGCGCGAGGACGACGAGAGUAGGGUAUGCGCCCCCGCUGGCGGCGCAAAUGAGAGCAGGGAACCCACGGAGGCAGCCGAAGCUGCUUGAGCAUCAUCCACUUCACACAGCUAGCGACAGCGAACCCAGCUUCUCGGACAGUCCUCAGCAGCAUGAGGUAUCUGCUGGCAACGACAUUGUUUUCGGCUUUGACACCAACUCGGGCCAACCCUCAGCAGCAGGACACAGUAGCCUUGCUGGUCCCCCGGGCCCUCAGUGGUCUGAGCAACCAGGCUCUACAAACAGGAUCGAGGAACUAUCGUCAUCCGAGGGCCAAGAUGACAGCGACAUAUUCACCGAUGGCGACAGGCUUGGCGCUUCGGCGAGGGACAUUGUCCCCACAGGUAUAACCGUCCCCGACCCAACGGUCCACGUCUUGCACAUCCAAAUGUCGCUCUACCCGAUGACGCUGGCGCAGUACCUGUCGCCGACAAGGCCGCCGACGCACUGCUUCCACCUGAUACCCAGCCUGCGGCUCCUGCUGUCCAUCUUGACAGGGCUGCAGUACAUACAUUCCAAGGGGCUGAUACACCGUGACAUCAAGCCAGGCAACAUCUUCUUGUCACCAGCUAGUCCCAGCACGACGGAGUCGUCGCAUAGCGGGUACUGCAACGUCGGAGACUGCGACAGCUGCCAUGCGGCAAACACAAGUUCAUCUGGUACUCCGCCAACAACAUCAUCAUCGCCAACGUCAUCCUCGGCAACGAAUAAAUCAUCUCCGAUAUGGCUGAAUCCGCGUAUAGGCGAUUUCGGACUGGUCACACAGCUUGCGAGGGAAGGGCUCUCUUCUUCGUCUCCAGACUCGCUCGAGCAGAGUCUGAGCGGCGUGUUUGGCAGCGAAGUGUCAUCAGACAAGGACGAGCAUCUCGUCGGGACCAUGUACUACCGGCCGCCGCGCUGGCCGCCGUCUUCGCAGCCGUCUAGUCCCGGGAGAAGGCGACCAGAACAGCCUCCGCAGCCUCCGCAGCCGCAGCAACAACCUACGCGAAAGAGCGCCAAACCCCGCAAUCUAGACGAGAAGCUGGACAUUUUCGCCCUCGGCGUCGUCCUCGUAGAGAUGCUCGCGUGCUGCCACACGGCGAUGCAGCGCGUCGACAUGCUCAAGGCCAUCCAGGACGGCAGGAUCCCUGCCGAGGAUAUACGGCGGUGCUGCGCGGUUAGAGACCAUCAUCUGCGCCACCAGGAACAGCAGAAACGUCAGCUGGAGCAGCAGGUGGUGGUAGAAAACGGGAUCGCAGACCAAGUCGUUGCGCUCGUGGAGGGUAUGCUGGCGCUGGAUCCUGAUGAGCGGUGGAAUGGUAGCAGGGUCAGGGCCGCUGUCGAGAAGAUACUCAUCGAGUACAAGGCUAGCAAAGAUGUAGUUGACUGAUGGCUCUUGAAGUUUUCACGGGUUCAGAGCGUCCAGACCAGCAGCUCAAGCCCAGACUGUUUCAGGGGUUGAUUGCCUGUGUUCUAUCGACGAAGAACCCAUGAUCUUGUUGGAAACUCCCAAUGGUUCUCAUAGAUAUUCCAGCAAGAGACACAAUAUCGAAGACGCACAAUAUCGCUACGACUCUUAAGAGCGUUUCAA